AUGCCUGCUGGGCCUAGUGAUCGGCGUGUGGUCCUCAUCGUGCAUAUGAUUGAUCCCCGCAUCCCCAACCGCGAUGACGCGAAUGUAUAUCAACAAUGCAAAGAAGCAAUGCACGCGAAACUGAUGGACUCCUUUCGCGAUUGCGAGGAGCGCCUACACCAAGAAAUGAGUGAUGAGAGCUCAAAAGUCCACUGUGGCUUAAUGGAAGGCUGCAAGCUCAUCUUCGAAGAGCAUGAAAAAGGGGAAAGGGACGGACGUUCGAUCGUUUCGAUGCAUAUUGUGCUGUGGAAGGUGGAGAAGAAGAAACCCCGCGACCAAUGGAAACUCCCUCUGGUAUGCCUCGACAAAAUUCACUCUCAUAACGUUCAUGUUUCAACGGUCUGUAAAAUUUUGUCCGCUGGUGACCUAGAACUCUUCAAUAGAUGUCAAAAAGGUAUAGAACUGGGGUAUGAGGAUCCGACAUCGUGGGAUGGUUGGCCGAAGAAUGGUCCGCAAGCCUACCUUAUAGGCUUCGACGCUUUGCCACCUACAACACGAUGGAUGUCACGUCCCUCAAUCCAACCGGCAGGGCAAGUUGUGGGACAGAGGGGCGCCUUUGCGGCAGCAAUACGGGCUCAUUCAAUGCCGGAGGCCUCCCUGACGACGAAUGUUGAACGACGACGUAGGAAGAGGACGGCGGAUGAUAUACCAGUGGUCGAUUCUAUGAAGAGAGCCCGGUUGGAUGACGCCACACUCCAGGCCACUUCGGGUUCCUCCGCGGAGCCUUCGCUUCUAGCCUCAACGAGAGUUAGUACAAACGUUGAUGCGCGGGGAAAGGGGAAGAAGAAUAGAAAAGGUAAGUAUAAGGCGACCAGGGCAUCAAAUGCCGUGUCGCGUGAUAUAGAACGCGUGGCCUCAACCAGUAGAGCGGCAGUAGUCACCGCUAGUGGAAAGGAGAAGGCGACUGACCGUGAAAUAGCGAGACCGGAUAGCACUGGAAGGGCAUCCUUGGCGAGCAGAUCAAUGAUCGCGAUUGAUAAGGGCAAGGCAAAGGGAGUUGAUAUUGCUGGGUCGCAAGCCGCUUCGUUGCCCAUCGCACCAGCGAUCCCUUCACCGACCUCGAUCAGCCGAAGCUGGCGCGCGGGACCCGCAGCCGGUGACAGUGAGGGAACGAAGAGGGACAACGGAAAACAGAGAGAAAGCGAUCGUGGGCAUUCUUCGACGCUGUCGAUCUCAUCCUCUCACCCACUCUCGUUACGCACACCGCGAUCGGCCAUUCCACAAGCUACUGUCGCUUCAAUGCAUGCUGCGGGUCGACCUAUGCCGCCACCUGCUGUGGUACCAUUGAACACAACGACAGCUUUGUUCCCGUCCGUAACUCAUGGGACUACUGAUAGCGCAUCUGCUCGACUGCUUGCUCAUCACGUCUCUAUUCCCGUUCCUCCUGCAGAUGAGCCACUCACUGGAGGCAGUCAGCCUGAUAGCUCACACACAAGGCCAUAUGCUGACCACCUUCCUGGUGAUGAUUCGGAUCAGACGAUUGAUAGCUUGUUCGACGCGAGCUUUAGCAGCAGUGACGUCACCGUUAGUAGUAACAUUGUACUGUCAGCAGCCGGUGCGAGUACGAAAUGGGGUCGUAAUGGCGAAGAGUCCACCCGCGCCGAGAAUGCACGCACGGAUAGCAGUGUGUCUACUGCUCGUCGACAUUCUCAGCAUAUCAGGGGUCGUCGAUCUUCUGCUAAUGCCUCGACUUCGAGGGUGCAAGAGCAAGACUCGACGAUGGCCAACAGGGUCGAAUCCAUUACUGACAUCAAUAUUCGUGCUGUGUGCGAUUGUCUAGUGCAACACUAUGCAAAAAAUCCCAAUGAUCCGGUAUUUCAAGAGAUGUUCGAUUUCUAUUACCGGCUAGAGAGUGUACCUGCCGUCGGUGUAAAAGCCUCAACCCCAAUAUUCAGCGAUACGACAAAUCGGGACUUGCCGUUAAGCGGUGCCUGUGCCGACUGGAAUGACGCGAACUAUAUCAUCGAUCAGCAUAGCAAGUACGGACAGUACACGUCCAGCGAGCAGGAGAAGUUCAAAUGCAGACGAAGUUCAGGAGUCACAUCGGGGAACAAUGAUAGCAUCGGUGACGAACAGGCGAAUCCGAAGGACGACGAGAAUCAUGUCGAGUCAGAGCCUGCAUGCAUGAAUGUCAGACCGGAGGACGAAUGUCUCCCUGUCUCUCAGGAAGAUGACGAGGACGAGGAAGACAUGAGCGAGCGUGAUAAUGACGAAACUGUAGAUUUCCUGCUGAAUGAGAUGGAAGAAGCACCAUCCGACGAUGCUGAAGAAGCGCAAUAUCAGAACGGAAUUGUCUCCUCCCAUCUGAGGGAUCCAGUCAACGCUGUUUUGGACGACGCGCGUGUCAAAUCCGUUGUGUUUAGCAGAGAUGCGGAUCUUUUCGGUCAUGAUGACGAUUGGUUGGCGGCCGCUCUCAACGAUGGGUCGGAUGAUAGUGUUCAAGAGGGACAUGGUAGUAACGAAACAGCCCCUUCCGUGGCAGAUGCGGCUGAAGGGAAUCCUGAGAAGAGAGGUGCAGGGUCUACUAUGACCCAAGAGGAUGAUCAAAAUCAUGGUGACGGCGUAGCUGAGCCAUGGGAUGAGGAUGACCUGUUUUCUGACGAUAAACUGGAGGACACAGCUUCUGAUUUCCCCGGUGCGGUGCCCAUAAAUGUGUCCACGGACAAUGCGUUGGAAACGCACCAAACUGAUGGAGCUGCUCCAGCUUUCGGUAUACAGUCUUCAGAAUUUACAGAUGCAGAUGCGGAUGGAGAAACGGAAAGCGAUUUGUCAUCCGAUCUAUUCUCAGAUUCUGACUCGGAUUAA